UACAAAAAUUAGUUUCUUCAACUUUUCCAGUAUUACAAUCUUUUUUUAGGGGGGGGGGGGGCGUUUUUUGUUCUGUUGCUAUGUGCUUUGUGCUGUAGUUGGGUUAAAGAUUAAUAUGCUUUUUUUUUCUGGCUUUGUUUAUAAAGAGUGAAUUUAUACAAUAAAUMAAAAAGUUAACAAGUUUAUUAUCGACACCUAAUUUUUUUAUGCUAGCCUUAUUCCAAAAUAGAACAUUUGAAUGUAGUGAAAAGGAAUAAAUUAAAACAAAACAAAAGAAAGCGUUUAGCCUCAGUGAUCUUCCGUUAUCUUUUUAGAAGGUCCGUCGAGUAUACCAAGUUUUAUAAGAGAAUAAAAUGGAAAAAAAACUAUUGUGCGACAUACUUUAUACUUACUUAAUUGAGCCUGGGUUAACUGUGACAAUAUACGCCAAUAAAGGCCAAUAACAAAAACGUCACGCUGUUAGAGACGAAACCACUGAAACAAUCAAACACAUUAGUUCUUUGCCAGUCGUCACGAACGAGAGCUUCUGGCCAAGUGAAGUCUUUCUCAAGGGCUUUGGUUGACAACACAAGUUCUUCAAGCUAUAGGUUUUUAAGUCUCCUGGAACGAAUCCACUUUUAGAGGCCUUGUUGGGGCGAUUUUAAUUGACAAGAAAGCGCUGCUGCUACUAUAACUAAGUCCUUUGCAGGUUCAUUUGGAUGCAGAAAAAAAUUGUAGCUACUCAAAAGGGUCAUGGUUAACGAGCGAGAAACAUGGGUCAGUACACUUGACUUUUUGCUCGCGUUAAUUGGGUGCUCUGUUGGACUCGGAAACGUUUGGCGUUUUCCGUAUUUGUGCUAUAAAAAUGGAGGAGGGUGUUUCUUGAUACCGUAUCUUCUCUGCGUUGUAUUUGCUGGUGURCCUUUGCUAGUGUUGGAAACUGCCAUGGGACAAUGGAUGAGCCAAGGAUGCAUUACAGCAUGGAAAAUCUGUCCCAUUUUACAAGGCAUUGGCAUCUCUGGUUUGGUUGUUAAUCUCUAUGUGAUAAUUUACUACAUCAUAAUCCUUGCCUGGACUUUCUUCUAUUUAUUCCACUCAUUUACAACGACUUUGCCAUGGUCUCAUUGCAACAACGAUUGGAACACGGCGUCGUGUUUUUUAGGGGAAAAGGUUGUAGCCUACAAUGUGUCCAUAAACGGCACACUUAACUACACCACCAAGUACUUACAUUUUCUAAAUACUACAACACCGACCAAUGAAUUUUGGGAGAGAAAAGUUCUUAACAUGUCUAAUGGACUGGGCGAAUUCGGCAGCAUUAACUGGCAGCUGGCCUUAUGUUUAUUACUGGCGUGGAUUGUUUGUUACUUCUGUGUCUGGAAAGGAGUCAAAUCAUCUGGAAGGGUGGUGUAUUUCACUGCUACAGUUCCAUAUGUUCUGUUGACCAUUUUACUGGUUCGAGCUGUCACACUUCCAGGCGCAGUGGUUGGCAUCAAGUACUACUUGCUUCCUGAUCUGUCAAAACUAAAGGAAGGAAAGGUGUGGAUAGACGCAGCGACUCAAGUAUUUUUUUCGUAUACCAUUGGUCUAGGAGUCAUGGUCGCGCUUGGAAGCUACAACAAAUUUAAGCAUAACUGUUAUAGGGACUGUAUUAUAUUUGCUAUUGUAAAUAGCGGCACCAGUAUUUAUAGUGGGUUCAUUAUAUUCGCUGUUCUUGGCUUCCUGGCAAAUAAACAGGGUAUUGACGUCCAAGACAUUACACAGUCAGGGCCCGGACUAGCAUUUAUAGGUUAUCCUGCAGCCAUUGCUGAAAUGCCAGUUGCACCAUUGUGGUCAGUUCUAUUUUUCUUUGUCCUUAUUCUGCUUGGAAUAGAUAGUCAGUUCGUAGGACUUGAAGGGUUCAUAACGGCCAUUGUGGAUCUCUUCCCAAAGUACAUCAGACAUGGACGCCGUAAAGAGGUUUUCAUUGCCGUUAUGUGUGUUAUAUGGUUUUUCAUUGGUUUGACCAUGGUCACCGAGGGUGGUAUAUACGUGUUCCAGCUGUUUGACAACUACGCUGUAAGUGGAAGUGCCAUUUUGUGGGUGUGCACGUUCGAAAGCAUUGCCAUUGGAUGGAUCUACGGAGCCGAGCGAUUCUACCAGAACAUCGAGCAGAUGAUMGGAUUUCGUUUGAACCCUUUUCUAAAGAUCUGCUGGCUGGCCAUGACGCCUCUGUUCUGUGCGGGAGUUUUCAUAUUCCUUAUAGCAACCUAUCAGCCUCUCGUGUAUAACACCUAUCAUUACCCAGACUGGGGCGAGGCAAUCGGUUGGUGUUUGGCAUUGUCUUCAAUGGUCUGGAUCCCUAUCUUUGCUGUCUACAAGCUGAUUACUACUAAGGGAGAUCUACGGACACGCAUCAAGUUACUCUCGACGCCAGUCCUYCAUCCAGAUCGUGAGAUCAAGGAAGACGGCAAACCUUCAGAGAAUAUUCAACUAAACGAAAAAGAUGGUCUGAUUUGAUGCCUAACAAAUAUGUGUUCUAUCUCCGGAUCAUUUUCAAAAACUUGUUMAUUUAUUGCUACGUGUCAGUAAAGCUUCUUUGUUUUA